AUGCUGUCGCAAGCCAUCCUCCUGUCCCUGGCAGGUCUUGCCGCCGCCCAGGACCGCCUGUUUUCCUCUGCUUUCGGCUAUCCUGGCCGCAAUGCAAGCUACGACUACAUUGUCAUCGGUGGAGGCACCGCGGGACUCACGGUCGCGUCGCGCCUUGCAGCAACCUCGGCAUCGGUAGCUGUCGUUGAGGCGGGCGGGUUCUACGAGGUCGAGAACGGCAACAACAGCGUCGUGCCCCUCCUCUCCCUCACGGGCAUUGCCUUCAUCGACCCUUCGCCAGACUUCACGCCACAGCCCCUGAUGGACUGGUCUCUCGUCUCCGAGCCGAUCCCCGGGGCCGGCGGUCGCAAAGUCCACUACGCCCAGGCCAAGACGCUCGGCGGGUCUUCUGCCAUCAACACGCUGUCAUACAUUCGUCCCACCAAGGGCUCUUACGAUCUCUGGGCCGACACUGUUGAUGACGACUCGUUUCGGUGGGAGAGCAUGCUGCAGUAUUUCAAACGCUCGGUCGACCUCACGGCCCCAGACGAAGGGAAGCGCAACAACACCAACGCCACCGUGUUGUUCGACCUCAACGACUAUGAUGAGGAGGGCGGCCCGCUGCAGGUAUCAUGGAACAACUGGGUCGAUCCAACUCUCACUUGGCUCGCUGAGGUCCUCCUGGGUCUCGGGUUGACCAUCAGCCCCAAGGGCUUCAGCAGUGGCGAGCUCGCGGGCCACGGUGCCUGGGUGCCAUCGACAAUCGAGCCAGAAAAGGCGCAGCGAUCAACCAGCGAGAGCAGCUUCCUCCAGCAAGCGAUCAAGGACACCGGCAUUACUGUAUAUACUCAUUCACUAGCGACCAGGAUACUAUUCAACGGCACGCAGGCAGUUGGCGUGAGCAUCAACACGCAGGGCGUUGAGUAUACCCUGUCGGCCACCAACGAGGUCAUCCUUACCGCCGGCACAUUCCAUUCUCCACAGCUGCUCCAGGUGUCUGGAAUCGGUGCUCGCGAUCAGCUGGAAGCCCUUUCCAUCCCAGUUGUCGCCGAUAUCCCAGGCGUGGGACAGAACCUCCAGGACCCGAUCCUUAUUUCCGUCUCAUACCCCGUGAAUACGCCCUCGGCCCAGUCGCUAACAAACGACCCGGCUCUCAAUCCCGGCUUCAUCGACGAGUACGUCAAGUCCGGCUCCGGCCCCUACAGCUCAGCGGCCGGCUUUCUGGCUCACGAAAGGCUCCCUAACUCGACUCUUGCCACCCUCAGCGAGGACACCCGCCAGAAGCUCGCCUCCAUGCCGUCCGACUGGCCCCAGCUCUCUUUCGUCGCGGGUUCGUGGUCGAGCGGCCCGGGCCAGACGCUUGGGAGUCUCGCUGCCUACUCAUCCCACGUCUUCUCGCGCGGGAACGUCACCAUCUCCUCGACCUCUGUCAACGACCCGCCCUUGAUCAACCUGAACUGGCUCUCAGACCCCGCGGACAUGGAAGUCGCCGUUACUGCCGUCAAGCGCCUGCGCGCUGCAUGGGCCUCGCCCUUCGCCAACACGGCCGGCUUCAAGAUCAGCCCCGAGGCGGCCCCCGGCGACGCCGUCCAGACUGACGAGGAGAUAGCUGAGUACGUCAGGGACAACGCCGGGCAGAUUUGGCACCCAGUGUCGACGGUGGCCAUGGGCAGGGAAGAGGACGUCGGGGCGGGCAAGGCUGUUGUCGACAGCCACGGGCGCGUGUUUGGCGUCCAGGGGCUGAGGGUUGCCGAUGCGAGCGCCUUUCCCUUUGCGUUGCCUGGACAUCCUCAGUCUGCUGUUUAUGCACUGGCAGAAAAGAUUGCAGACGAUAUCAUUACCGGGCGUUGA